ACGCACAUACACACGUAAAUAUUCUCGUCAUCGGCAACCUGGUUCGAUCGGAUGUGCCAAAGCCAAGAUCUAACGGGAGACAAAGACAGAAAUGAUUUUUUGUGUUUGUCUGCGAUGGACCUAUUUAUAUGAACAAAUGUCGCAAAGUGUUUAAAACGGAUCAAGUCCAUUGUGGGUUUAAACACGUCGCAUGAGUGAAUUUUGUGCUUAUUGAAAAGGAAACAAGGGAGUGAAGAAGAAAAUUCUUUUUUUUUGAAAGAAUAUAAUACAAUACAUAGAAAGAAGGAGAAAAAGAGAGAGGGGAAAAAAUUGUGUGUGAGAUAUUUGUAUAGUUGCGAAACAUCAUAACAGCGGAAAACGAAGACACGUUUUACCAAAUAGUGUUUCAAGAAUGAUUCUUCGUAGUUGAUUUUGUGAAUUGCAGCCAAAUUCUGGAUUAAUAACUACGUUCAACACUGAUUUUUCUUUAGUGUCCAUGAUGACUUGUCGUAAUUCGUGAAACAAAAUCCUUUUUAUUAAAAAUAGAAAACUUGCGCUUCGAUAUUUGGCCACAAUGAUGCAAGGUUAGGAGAUUUGACAGUUGAUCAAUUUUUUUUCUCUCCUUUUUGGAGUAGGAUCCUGCCCGGGUAAAUUCAUUAAAAAUGGAUCAGGAAACAGUUUAUGGAACUCAUGAGGACAGUCAUGUUGUUAUGUCGGAGAAGGUUCAAUCGUUGGCGGGCAGUAUUUAUCAAGAAUUCGAGAGAAUGAUUGCCCGUUACGAUGAAGAUGUUGUCAAAGAACUGAUGCCUUUGCUAGUCAAUGUUUUAGAAUGUUUGGAUAUUGCGUACACGGAAAAUCAAGAGCACGAAGUAGAAUUAGAAUUACUACGCGAGGAUAAUGAACAGCUUGUCACGCAAUAUGAAAGGGAGAAACAACUCAGAAAAACUUCCGAUCAAAAACUUUUGGAACUCGAAGAUGUGGCCGAGGAUGAGAGAAAGGAGUUGUUGUCAAAAAUCGAUAGUCUCGAAUCAAUUGUUAGAAUGUUGGAACUUAAGACGAAGAAUUCCAACGACCAUGGUACCGCCAGUUCCUCUUUUACACCAUCUCCUUACAUCGUCAGGCUGGAGGAGAAGGAGGCCGAGUUGAAACGAGAAUAUUCUCGGUUGCACGACCGAUACACGGAAUUAUUUAAGACACAUGUGGAUUAUAUGGAGAGAACAAAAAUGCUGGUAGGCAGUACGGAAAGACUGGAGAAUGCAACCGGAGGCAGAGGUCCUGGUCGUUUACCAUCAUUAGGCUUAACGCAAAUGUCCAGGAGUUCAGGGCCAUUGAGUUAUGGAUUCCAAAGUCUCGAGGCCAGUAUAAAUGCCGAGGAUAUUCCCGAGGAAAUUCCAAGUCACGUUACCAAUUUAAAAUCCGAAAUGAGCGACAGCAGUAAUGAAACGACAAUAGAAACUUCUGACAAGAGCCAACUAACUGAUCGUCCCGAUCACGAGAAUAAGACUACAAUAGUUUCUAGACGUAAGUUUUUUUUUGACUUUAUUACUUUAUUUAUUGAUUUUAUUAAAUCGAAAUUUUCAAUUGUUUUAGAUGAGAGUCCUGAAACUGAAGUGCCACCGCCAAUUGUUACUCCGACUUCGCCGACGGUGGAGAAAAUAUCGUCGACUCCAAGUGGCCGAACUCGAACUGAAAGAGAGCAGCGUAGUGGAAAUACUUUAUAUCAAGAACUCAGCUUUCAGGAUGCUGACGCGCUUGGAGAAAUGGACGAAGGUGCCGAUAUUACAGGAAGUUGGGUUCAUCCUGGAGAAUAUGCGUCGUCAGUUAACGACAACUUCUUCGGAAUGGGCAAGGAAGUGGAGAAUCUAAUAAUGGAGAAUAACGAACUUCUAGCAACAAAGAACGCUCUAAAUAUUGUGAAAGACGAUUUAAUCGUGAAAGUAGAUGAACUUACAGGAGAGCAGGAAAUACUUCGCGAAGAAAUUCGAGCUCUUCAGCAGGCGAGAGAUCGUUUGCGACAGAAGGUCGCGACUCUCGAGGACGAAUUGAAAAAGACAAAAGAAGAGGCAGAGGCUGCGACCAAGGCUUCGAAGAGCGACGACGAGGAAGACGUUCCUCUCUCGCAGAGAAAGAGAUUCACGAGGGUCGAAAUGGCCAGGGUUCUUAUGGAGCGAAAUCAAUAUAAAGAACGUUUCAUGGAACUGCAGGAGGCUGUGAGGUGGACCGAAAUUAUGAGAGCAAAUAAAACCGAUCCAGCGAGUAUUUCAGGUGGAAAACAAACAUUCUGGAGGUUUUUUAGUAAUCUCUUCACAGGACCCGCAGAUCGGGGAUCCUUAGUGCGAGCUCCACACUCGUUACGCUACAGUGCACCAACAAAUCAAGUGGUUCCGGCGACAUCCUUGGACGCGAUUCGUCGACGUACACUGAAAAAUAAACAAGAAUAUCUUGAUCAGGGAGACACCAUGUCGUCGGAGAAGCUUGUGGCAAGACGAGCGAAUGAACGAAAAGAACAAUAUCGACAAGUACGAGCUCACGUUCGUAAAGAGGAUGGAAGAUUACACGCUUACGGAUGGAGUUUACCAGGUAAACCGAGUGCGCCCGCGAGACAACCGGUUCCCGUUCCUGUUUAUUGCCGACCACUUCAGGAAACCGAGCCUGGAAUGAAGAUAUGGUGUGGAGCUGGAGUGAAUUUAAGUGGCGGUAAAACGCGAGACGGCGGAUCAAUGGUGGGCGGAAGUGUAUUUUACGCAGCCGAAGCACGUGAGAAUAAUAGCGUGGUGAAAGUCGAGGCCGAGGAUGCGGUCGAGCAUUUGGACAAGGAACUCCAGGAAAGUGAGCAACGUCGUCUCGAGGCCGAACGUCUCGAGCAACAAUUGAGUUCGCACGUUUGGAUUUGUACGUCAACGCAAAAAAUGUCAAAAGUAACUGUGAUAGAUGCAAAUAAUCCGGCUGAAAUACUCGAGGUCUUCAAUGUAUGCCAAAGUCAUUUACUUUGUAUUGCGAGUGUUCCGGGUGCCAAAGAAAGUGACUACGCUCAAGGUCCCAAUGACGAGGUGAUAGCUAAUAUAGUCAUCGAAAAUGAUAAGACAAACAAAAUUAAUGACAAUUCAACAACGUCAACAUUAGACGAUAAUAGCAAGACUGAAACGGAACAAAAGGGAGCGGAAGUUAAUGAGGUUGAAAAAAAUUCAUCGACCGAAGUGGAGAAUAAUGGUGAGACUGUUAAUUUGGGGAAGGUUCAGUUUAUCAAGAAUGUCGGGGAAAUUUCGCCAAUUUGCGAUGGCAAUGGAAGUGAGAAGGAGACGACGAGUUUGGAGAAUGAUGAUGAUAAUGGAACACCAAUUGAAAAAAUGUCCUCAAUUCAACCGACGAUGUGGCUCGGUGCUCAAAAUGGAGCAAUUUUUGUUCAUUCGGCUGUUGCCAAGUGGCCCGUUUGUUUACACUCGGUGAAACUCAAAGACGCUGCUCUGGCUAUCGUACACGUUCAGGGUCGAGUGCUGGUGGCACUGGCAGACGGCACGGUCGCAAUAUUCCGAAGAGGACCAGACGGACAAUGGGAUCUAACCCAGUAUCAUGUGAUAACUUUAGGCAAUCCUCAACAUUCCAUUCGAUGUAUGGCGGCAGUAUUAGGAAAAACAGUUUGGUGCGGUUACCAAAAUAAAAUCCACAUUAUCGAUCCAAUAACAUUGACCCUAAAGUGUUCCGUGGACGCACAUCCUCGUCGGGAAUCACAGGUUCGUCAAUUAGCGUGGCUCGGUGAGGGUGUUUGGGUCAGUAUUCGACUCGAUUCAACAUUGAGAUUAUAUCAUGCACACACCUAUCAGCAUCUUCAGGACGUUGAUAUUGAGCCGUAUGUGAGCAAAAUGCUCGGCACUGGGAAACUCGGAUUUUCAUUUGUUCGAAUCACUGCCUUGCUUAUUUCAUCAAAUCGACUCUGGAUUGGAACCGGGAAUGGAGUUAUUAUCUCUGUUCCACUUUCUGAAAGCGCCGGUGGAUCGAUGGCGAUUUCGAGAGCACAAGCAAGAGGAGGAAAAGGAGACGCUCCGGGAAUUGGAGUUCGGGUAUUUGCUUCUGAUCAUGGAGUGACUCCAGGAAGCUUCGUGCCUUACUGUAGUAUGGCUCAUGCUCAGCUCAGCUUUCAUGGACAUAGGGAUGCUGUAAAAAUGUUUGUCGCCGUUCCUGGUCACGGAGGUCACAGUGCGAUCUCGGACGGUUCUAUUCCAGCAAUGCUAGUCUUAUCCGGUGGGGAAGGUUACAUUGAUUUCAGAGUCGGUGACGGCGAUGAGGCAGAAGAUGGAAUCGAGCGUUCAAACGCAUCAGCAAUCUCAAGUUCCGAAGAGCAAAGUGAACAAAGUCAUUUGAUUGUCUGGCAGGUUCAAUGUCCACCAAUCAUCACUUAAAUCAUUCGCAUAAUUUCAUUUUCAAAAAAGGUGCCCGGCCUAGCAAAUCAUCAAUCGAAGGAAAAAAAACAAAACGAAAAAAGAACUCUUAUCGAUUAAUCAAGAAACAGAAAAUUUAAUCAAGAAAACAAAAGUGAAAAAUAAUAAUUAUUUUCACAUUAAUGUGAAAAAAAGAGAAGUAUUUCUCUCUCAAAAAAGAAAGUCAGCUCGAAGAAUUAAAAAAUAAUGCGAAAUGCCGAGGUAAACGUAGUGUACAAAAUUUUGUUAUUUAUUCUUUUUUAGAGAAAGAAUUACAAGAUUUUAGUCAAUCUUCUUUUCUGUUAGAAACGAUAAUAGUCUUUUUUUCUAUUAUUUUCAUUCCGGAAAUGAAUUUAUUUACUUUUAGUCCACGAAUUGCAUAACAGAAUCGUGUGUUCGAUGAAAUUUAGAAAAAUUUAUUAGAUUUUUUAAUUUAGAUAUUUAUAAUGUAAAAAAAAUAUUAAUUAUAUAAAUAUAUAUAUAUUUGUUUAUAAUAUGCUUACGUAUCGAAUGCUAGCCUAAGAUUUAUUGUAAAUCGUUUUUAAAAACAGCAAAUUAAUAAUUUAUUCCUAAAUCGUGUAAAAAGCACGUAACAUAUGUAUUUUAAAAUACGCCUAUUGGGGUUGUGUGCAAUUUUACGUUUCUUGAAUGCGUCUUGAGAAUUUUGAGUGAGUAUUUAGGCGAAUUCUUCAUUUACAAAGGGAAAUUUACGUAUUUCUUUUUUUAUAAUAAAAAAAUACCUUCUUUAUAAAGAAGGUAUAUUCUGUUCUUUUAAUUUUGGCGUCAAUUUUGAGAAUUAAGCUAUUAGUGAACAAUAAGCUUUUGUAAAUAUUGAUAAGACGUCCAUUUAUUUAAAAAUGUUAUUUAUUAUUCGCCGUUGAUUUUAAAUGAAAAAUUAACAACUCGGCGUCUGCACUUUUUUCUCUCUCCUAAAUCUUCUACCAAAGAUGAGGUUACAAUAUAUUUGAAAAUGCGUUUAUAUAAAUAUAUUUAAAAAAAAAAAUGUAGAAUGGAAUCGACUCUAGCGAAUUUUAUGUAUAUUUCAUGUUUAACUCGGCUUUCAGUGUCGAACGCGGAAUGUACCUGGCUCGCGUGGAGCUGCAACGGCAUUAAUAAAAAGUUAUACAGGAAA